UUUCUUUUUGCGAAUACAGACUAACAUGGCUGCUACUCUGAAAAAAGCAUUUGGGGUUAGCACAGAGGAAUCCACAAGCCAAUCAGAAAUAAACCUAAUCGUGUCUUUCUAGACAUUUUCUGAUUUAUGAGUAGGUUUUAGGUAUGAUCUGAUAAUUUCCAUACCUGACAAAAAGCUUUUUACAGCAUAGUCCCAGCCUUGUCUUUGCUCUGUCCCCUCUCUCUUGAGAACAACAACAGAACAGACAAAGGGAAAUUUUUCCCAAUUUUAAAAAGUUCUAGCCUUCCCAUUGGCUCUUUUGGUCAGGUGCCCACUCCUUUCCUUUUACCUGUGGACUUUUUAACUCUUGACAGGUAAAGCAAGUGGAGAACAGCUACUAAGAGGGAUUUUAUAGCUAACUGGCUUGCUGGGUGCCCACAGAAGGGAGCUACUGCACCCCACUCCCCUUCAUUUAUCAACACAUCUGUAAAUACAGGUUUGGAUUCUGCAGUGUGAUCCAUCUAACUGCACCCUUGUGCACAUGUGAAGCCACAUUGAAAGUGCCAUACUAUGGGAAAUCUUGCAGAGCAAAUUUAGUAAUGUGUACUCAGAAUUGAAGUAAUACAGAAAAUUAUACAGUAAAAUAGCAUAGGAUUUUUUUUAAAGGGGGAUGCUUCACUGUUUUUCCUUUUACGCUAGUAGCUGACCCAGGCUGUCAUAAAGUCGUCUGAAAAAAAGUCAAAAAUGGGUAAAAACUUAAAAAGUGGAUGGUAACAGAUCAUGAGUCCCAGUGAUGACAGAACCUCAUGAUAUUCUAAACAAAAAGAGCUCCCAACCAUGCUUGUAGCUGUUCCCAUCACUUCAUACUGACUCAAAAGACAUUCUCAGGUUUCAGAGCGACACACGGAGUGACAAUCCUAGAAUCAUAUUGUAUAGAUAUACAUGCACAUGCACGGGUACGUAUAUAUAUGAGCAGCAAAAGUGGAAGAAAAUGCUAGGAUGUAUGAAGGUUUGGAUGGAAAAUAAUACUGAAAAACAUUGCAACACCAUUAUAUAAAUCACUGGUAUAACCUCACCCUAAGUACUGAGUUCAGAUCUGGCCACCCCAGCUGAAAAAAUAUGUAACAGAAAUAGGGAUGGAAAGAAGGAUGAUGAAAAUCGGAGGUGUGGAAAAGAUUCAUAUAAUGGGAACUGUUUGGUCGGAGAGGAAAUAUUAUAGAGAAAUAUAAAAUAAUGAAUGGUAAAGAGAAGGAAAAGCAGGCAUUCCUAUAUACCCUUACUUACACAAUACAAGAAUAAGGGAACAUUCAAUGAAAUAUUGAAAAGUAUUAAAGCAACAAAUUUAAAUCAAUUUUACACCACAUAUAGUUAACCUAUGGAGCUUACUGCCUAUUGAGUCUAAGAACUCAGCAGGAUUCAGAAAAGUCUCAGGACAGCAGACAAUGGUUAAAAGAAAGAAAAGAGGUACAAACCUGAUACAACCUUGUUUCCAUUUUUAACUUGUUUUAACUCAGCUGUGUUUUACUAUGUUCCACUAGAGGGCUAUCUGAUCACCUGUAUUCUUACAUACAAAGUUAGUACCCUGUAAGAGGUGGGGCAAUUUCUUACUUUGUUUUCAUAGGUAGAAUAUUGUUAAUCUUGGCCCAAGUCAAAAGAAAGAGUUAAUUAUUACAUGUAUUCUUAAUUUGAAAUUGUUACUAAAUUUGUUCAAAUUGUCCCAUAUACUGCCACAAUACAGAGCUUUUUAAAACAAAGCUUAUCUAGCCCAAACCUGUGAUCACAGACACAAUUCUAAUUGUGUUGUGUUUUUAUUUAACUUUUUUUUCAGUCACACUACAGCAUCAGCUGGAGAGCCAGCCCUAACUUUGAAUCUCCUUUGGUGAAUUAACCUCUUCAGAGAACUCCAAAGAUGUAAUUAUGUGGGGUCAAUGCAAAUUUUGCAGUUGAUUUAAGGGGGAAAUUGGAACUGGGCCUCAAAAUAGGGAAGUCAGUCUGAACUCUGCACUUCAGUCUUCAUUCAGCUGUGGAGGUUACAUCCAUCACAGAGGUAUUUUCUUCCAACAGAAGCAAAUUGAAAGUAGCCAUACACUAUGGGGUUUCCUGAAAUGAUGCUGAGUGAAGAUUUUGACAACUACUCCUAUUUCUAUGAGUACGAGGAAGAUGAACCACCCCAGUCCUACCUCAGUAUUGCACACAUCAUCUCUCUUUCCUUAUGCAGCAUGGCAUUUCUCCUGGGGGUGCCAGGAAAUGCCAUAGUCAUCUGGUUUAUGGGGUUUAAAUGGGAUAAAUCAGUCAGUACUCUCUGGUUCCUCAACCUGGCUAUUGCAGACUUCAUCUUUGUUCUUUUCCUGCCUCUCUACAUUACGUAUGUGGCCAUGGGCUUCCAUUGGCCCUUUGGGAAAUGGCUCUGCAAGACUAACUCCUUCAUUGCCUUACUGAAUAUGUUUGCCAGUGUCUUCUUCCUGACUGUCAUCAGUCUUGACCGCUAUAUCCGCCUGGUGCACCCAGUCUUUUCCAACAAAUAUCGGACCCUAAGGAACACCCUCAUUUUGAGUGUGAUUAUUUGGAUCUCAGCUGCUAUUAUUGGUGCCCCUGCCUUACACUUCAGAGACACAAUUACAAUUCACAACUCCACCAUUUGCUAUAACAACUUCCAUCCGCAUGACAAAGAACUCAUUCUGAUGAGGCAUAAUAUUUUCAUUUGGGUGAGGCUUGUUUGUGGCUAUCUCUUUCCCCUAGUGACCAUGGUCCUUUGUUACUCAUUUCUGGUUCUGAAGGUGAAGAAGAGAACCAUGCUGACCUCCAGCAGGCUUUUCUGGACCAUCCUUGCGGUAGUUGUAGCUUUUUUUGUUUGCUGGACCCCCUAUCACAUAUUUACCGUUCUGGAACUAUCUGCUCACCAUAAUGAACGCUUCCAUGACUUGCUUCUCAGUGGCAUUCCCCUCUCUACUGGCCUGGCUUUCAUCAACAGCUGCCUCAAUCCAAUCCUCUAUGUUCUGAUUAGCAAGAAGUUCCAAACCCGUGUCAGGGCGACAGUUUCUGAGGCACUAAAACUUGCAGUCUGGGAGGUCAGCCGGUCUGCAACAGUCAGUGAACAACUGCGAAACUCUGACAACAGCCAUCUGGGUGUGCAGUAUUGUGAAACCACACAGUGAUCAGCUCCAAAAAUCUCCCUCACUGCAUAUAACCAGCACUAGAUUCACAAUCAAACAGAUGUGUAUCUUAGCUAUGAAAAAGAACAGGGGGUUGAUUGCAAUCAAUUUAAUGCUGCACCCCAUUUUAGCUGAAUUUUUUUUGUUUGUUUUUUUUUAGGAUGCAGAAUUUGGAUAGGAUGCUAGUUAGAUGCAUAAAGGGCCUGAGAUAAAGCCUACUGCAAUCAAUGGGAUUUGGAUCAGAUAGAGGAACAUUCCCACUAUUAAUCCUGUUGGGUAAAUUCCAGAAGAGGUGUUUAAAGUGACACCUUCUCAACAUAAUCAUAUAUAACAAAAAUAUUCCUCUGUUGAAUUACAUUACACCUUAGAUCCAGGAGUUCUCAGCCUGGAGCUCACUCGCAGCUGUUGGGGGUCAUGAUCACACCAUGCUUCCAAUAGUGCUAAAUAAGGGGAACUCCUGGUUAGAUCCCAGGUAGCUGGAAGGGGGAGGAGGCCCAGUCUGAGUAGGAAAGGGGUCCCAAAUAUGGAAACGGUUGAACAAGUGCUGUAGAUUAUUACAACAAAAAGCAACCUGGUCUGACAUUGUGGCUUUCUAGUCAGUUUCAUUUCCUGGUUGUCCAUGUUUUUGAUGUCUUACAGCGAAGAGGGGAUGUUUUAAAUUUUUCCCCCUCUCCUGGAAACAUAAAGAAAUAAUAUUUGUUUCUAAUUAUAGUAGAGAUUGGAUGACCCCUGCCUCCCUCUACUAUCACACUAGGGUUGCCAACUUUCUACUCACAUAAAACCGAACAACCUUGCCCCACCCUGCCCACUGCGCCAUCCCUUCUCUGAGACCCUGCCCCUGCUCACUCCAUUUCCCCUCCCCCCCACUCGCUCUCCCCACCCUCUCUCACUCACUCAUUUUCACCGGGCUGACUCGGGUUUGGGGUGUAGGAGGGGGCAAGGGCUCCGGCUGGGGUGCAAUGGGGACACGCCUUUGAUUCUGGGAGUUGCGCGGCGCCAUGGCAGGCACGGAGCCUGCCUUAGCCCCAUCGGCUGUGCCACUGACUGGACUUUUAAUGGCCUGGUCAGCACUGCUGACCGGAGCUGCCAGGAUCCCUUUUCAACCGGGCGUUGUGGUUGAAAACCAGACAGUUAGCCACCCUAUACCACCCCCCUCACAAGUAAAGUCAAAAGAUAAAAUAAUUAACAUUCUAAAACCCACUGUCCAUUAUUACGCCUUUCCAAUGAUGGAUAAAAUGUAUAACCGAUAUUUUUACAUGAUUUUUCAGUGGAAUGUAAGAAAGGACAGAAUUUGAUGUUCCUUGGAGCAAGGUCUGCUCACACAGGUAAGGAUUUGCAAAUGUCCCUAGCCUCUGUUUGCCAGAGGCUGGGAAUGGGCAACAGGGGAUGGAUCACUUGAUGAUUACCUGUUCUGUUCAUUCCUUCUGGGGCACCCGACAUUGGCCACUGUCGGAAGACAGAAUACUGGGCUAGAUGGACCUUUUUCUGACCCAGAAUCGCAGUUCUUAUGUUCAGAUGCCAAGUAAGGGCAGAAUUUGAUAAAAUUAUUUUAUUUAUUGCUUGCUAUAGAAUUAUAUAUGUAUCCAUAUUUACACAGACACUAAAUAGACUAAUAUUCGUCCUUGAUAUAACCCUAUUGAAUUUAGGGGAGUUAAUGCUGGGAUGAAUUUGGCCCUAAGUUUCCUAUUAGCUCAUGUAUACCCAGUAAAGGUAUAUUUUCAGCCAGCUUGAAUACAUGCAUGUACAAAACUAUACAUACAUUCUUGCCUCAGCGUGUAAGAUUAGGGCUGUAACAUGGUUAUAACACCGUGUGGUCUUGUCCACACAAGUAAAGUUUACAGUGUAGAUGGGGCCCUAUAUAUAGAUUCAUACAUAAUGUUCUUUUACACAAAAUAUUCUAUCACUUUGAACUAUAUUUGCACAAAUUGAAUAGAUCAAUAUUGCCUGCAGCCACAUUUUGGUCUGAGUUCAUGAGGCCUCAUGAGCUGAUCAGUGUUAGGCUGGAUCAGUACCAUCUCAGAAAUACACCUAAAUGCUACAAAAUAUGAUGUUGCUAAUUGGUUAGGUACCACUCUUUCCUGAGUCAUUAUAGAACUAGUGCCUCAGCAAGGUGUUAUGGGCUUAGCAAAGAAGUCAGUAAAUAAUUUAAUUUUUUUUUAAAGCUGUGGAAUAUUCAAGAGAUCCAUGCUUAGUAUUGUUGGACUAUCACAAUGGCUUAUUAGGAACAGCAAUUCAGUGACCCAUGGGACAGAAGGACUUUACCAACAUGUAGCAAGCUUCUUGAGCUAAUGACAACCCUGAAAUAGUUAUGAGAGGUACAGAUUUGAAGUCAAAGCACAAGAAUGUCAGUUACUGCCAUUGGAUGGGGAUAAAAAGAACCCGCAACCAGCCCAAGUAAUUAAUUCACACCAAGGCAAAUGUAUCAUUAACCACUGUAUGAGCCACUUCUACAGGAGGAACAGAAGAUAUCUAAACAAAACCAAGGAGGACACUGGCUCUCUGAGGACAGUGAGAUUGAUGCUAAUGGAGUCUGCAUGCUGAUCGAAAUGACAGAUGCUUACUCAAGUCACGGACUACGGAAAAAUAGCAGGAGCAGCAAAUGCCCGGUGCAGAUGGUAGAGCCAUCUCAGCAGCUAUCCUGGCCACUACAGGAUGAACUGUCCUAAGAAGGGAAAGAAGGGCUGUUUGAUUGGAAAGCCAGCCUGAGAUGUAAGGAUAACGACUAUUGACAGAUGUCUGGAUAAGAAGUAGAACAGUCCUCUCAUCUGAUCAGCUGCUCUGACAUUCCUAAGCAGUCUGAGGUUUAGUACUUGGAUUAGUUUGUGGCUGUUUCUUUUGCUGAUAUUAUACUUGAUUUUUCAAUAAAGGGAAGCUGUACAGUAA